CUCUUGGUUUUAAAACUUUAAUCAUGUUUUACUUUUUUUUUCCAUAAUUUCCGGCGUUUUGAGAUUUCACAUUUACGCGCGUAAGAGAAAAAAGCGAAAAGCUGUCUCCCUGGUUUAAAAAACCCUAAUGUUAUUACUAUCGCUUGUGGUUUUAAAACCCUAAUUUUACUGCACUUACAGUGAUAUCGGGCUCAAAUCAAAGAUGCAAAUUUCGCCUGACGCCUCAUGACAUCUCAGGCCAAAGGUUCAGGCAAGUAGACAGCAUGCUUUUACAACUAUACCAUAGGGAUCGGCGAAAGCUGCUUGAAUUUAUCAUGUCAUCUAGCCUGGUUAAAGAUGUCCGGCUUCCUCCUGGGGCUACUGGGCUUAAUGAUGUUGAUUGGGAUACUGUUAGUGUAGACCAUGUCAUUGAAUGUGCAAAAGAAGGCAGACUUCUGGAUCUUUCUGAAUCUAGUAAAAGGUACUAUCUUGAAGAAAAAUUCCCAUUAAUGGUAAAUUCUGAAUCAAGAAGCUCGUUCUAUCUAUUAUCAGAUCCAGAAUAUUCUGGGUCCCCACCUAGACAUGUGCCACCUCAGGUUGGCGCUAAUUUCUCAUGGCAAUCAAGUCCUGUCAACCCUUUAGUUGAUGAUGUUAUUACCAAAUAUGAGGUUGAAGAUGGAGGCAUACCAAUUACUUCACGUGUUAGACCUUCUCAACCCAUGAAUGGCAUAGAGCAUAUUUCAUUUGGUUUACCUAGCCUAAGUACAGGUUUAUCUGAUGAUGAUUUAAGAGAUGCAUCUUAUGAAGUUCUGGUCGCUUGUACAGAUGUCUCUAGGGAUAUGAUACUCUCUAGUGAGGGUAAAAAGAAAGACAGAAGAACUAAGUUUCUAUCAAAGUUAAGGACUAAAAAAGAAAAACUUCAACCGCAAAAUUGCUUCGCUGGUAGUGACUUUGAGUUGCUUGAUACGAUCCGAAUGCAAUUGGAGAUAUCAGAAGCAAUGGAUAGAUGCAUCAGGCAAAGCUUGAUACAUACCUCAUCAGCAUCACGUGGACCCAUCAGUAUUGCUGUGAUCUCAUUGGAGCUUCUGAGUAACAUAUCCAAAUCAAGCUUUUCUAAUGAAAAGGCAUAUAUAAAUUGGCUAAAGAGGCAGGCCAAUAUACUUGAAGAACUCCUCGCUCCUCCAACUAACAGGAAUUUAGAAACUGAUCUGACAAUGCUGAAGAACUUGUUGUCAAAGAUCAAACACACAACGGACUGGGCACUAAUGACCCCAUCAAAGCAGGGUGAAGUCCUAACAUCUAUUAGAAGAUUUGCUUCAGAGUUGGCACAAAGGCCUGGAAAGUUCCGUAUCCCAGGCGAAACUUACUUUUGGACAGGUGCUUAUCACUUGAAUAUUAGGCUUUAUGAGAAGUUACUGAACAGUGUGUUUGAUAUCCUCGAAGAAGGCAAGCUUUUAGAGGAAGUAGAUGAAAUUCUUGAAUUUCUCAGGGCAACGUGGCCAACUUUAGGCAUUACACCCCAAAUACAUGAUGCACUGUAUGCCUGGGUGCUUUUUCAACAGUUUGUUUUGACAGGUGAGUCCAUGUUGCUGGAACAAGCAACUCUUCAGAUGCACAAAGUUCCAAUGGAUAAAGACUGUGCUGCUCAUGAAAGAGAAUAUGUGGACGGCCUUACUUGUGCAAUUGAAGUUAGCCACAGUAGGAGAAAUCUAAGCUUAAUACAUGCUGUACUGAUGUCAAUCAACUUGUGGUGUGAGAAUCGGCUGACGGAUUAUCAUCUAUAUUUCAGUGAGGAUUCGAGCAAUUUUGAAGUGGUGGUAAACUCUGCAGUAGUUAUCAAAAGGCUUGUUUCUCUUGAAUGUGGUGAGAAUAAGUCAUCCUUGCAGGUGGUAAAUCAAUCUGUGACAGAGCGGGAACUGGUUUCUGAACAAAUAAAAAACUACAUUACGAGAUCUAUCCAGGCGGCAUAUUUAAGAGUUGUGAAUGCAUUGGAUACUAAAGGUGCAGCAGAGGGAAAGCCCCCUUUAGCCUUGCUUGCUGAUGAAAUCAAAUUUAUCGUUGAAAGAGAAAGAACAGUAUUUACACCUGUAUUAUGUCAUUGGUGUCCUGAUGCGAGGGUUAGCUCUAUUCUGCUUUUACACCGGCUUUAUGGACAAAGGCUGAGGCCGUUCCUUGAAGGGGUGUCGCAACUUUCUAAGGAUGCCAGAUCUGUGCUUCCAGCUGCUGAUGCCCUGGACCAUUAUUUGAUGGACUUGGUCCAUUCUGCACAUGGAAAGGAAAUGGUAAAUACUUCUUCUGGGAAAGACUUGCAUUCGUAUCAGGUCGGAGAAAUUUCUGGGCCUCUUAUUCUAAGUUGGGUGGAUUCCCAGCAUGAUAAAAUGUUGGAGUGGAUUGAACGCUCUUGUCAUCUUGAGCACUUUGGUGCACAUUUUAUGCAGGACUGGGAGCCUUUGUCAUCUCAGCAAAGACAAGCAGCAUCAAUUGUUGAAGUUUUCAGGAUUAUAGAGGAGACUGUCGAUCAAUUUUUUGGCUUUAAGCUUCCACUAGAGACUGCUCACUUGAAAUCUUUACUUGGUGGCAUUGUUCGGGGCCUAGCAACUUAUUUGCAACAGGUCAUCAGUCACCUCGUUGAGAAGAACCAUUUGUUCCCCCCUGCUCCUGCUUUAACACGUUAUAAAGAGCCCACAAUGAAGCCGUUCAACAAGAAAAAGGUCAUUGAGUGCAAAUUCCUCGAGGAGGAAGUAGAAGAUCAGUUAAAUGUGUUGGCCACAUCUAAGAUCUGUGUUAGACUUAACACACUGCAAUACAUUGGUGUCCAAGUCAAUGCACUAGAAGAUGCUAUGCAAAAAUGUUGGGCUUGCAUCAGGCCUGGUUGUACGCUGAAAUCAAGUAAACUGAACCAUCAGGGCGAUUCAAAGGAUGGAUCAUUUGCAUGUACUGAUGAUGUUGAUGAGCUGUUCGCUACCUUUGACAGUAUCAGAGAAACUACUAAUGCAUUAACAGAGAAGAUCUGUGACUUCAUUGGACCAAAGGUUGUAUUUUGGGACAUGAGAGAAACGUUUAUAAAUUAUUUAUAUCAAGGCAGUGUGUCAAGUGCACGCAUGGAAAAUGUUCUACAGCAACUUGACACUGUACUUAACAACGUAUGUGACUUGAUUGUCGAUCCCCUUAGAGAUUCUGUGGUCCUCAGCAUUUUUCGAGCAUCACUGAAUGGUUAUGUUUGGGUAUUACUUGAUGGGGGCCCUUCCCGUGCAUUUUCACCAAGUGAUUUUGAGAUGAUGCUAGAGGAUCUUAAGCUAUUGAAGGAAUUUUUUGUUGCAAAUGGAGAAGGCCUUCCUCCAGCAGUUGUUGAGAGAGAAGCAAGAUUAGCCCACCAGAUCUUAGACCUGUAUAACCUCCAGACAGAGACCAUUAUCAAAAGGUUGAUGCUCGCUAGUGAACAAAUCUCUUCUAGCGUUUACAAUAGAAGGCAAGGAGCCCGAUCUACUGAGGAUGUGGAUACAUUACUCCGGGUCCUCUGCCACAAAAGUGACAAACAGGCCUCCAAGUUUUUGAAACGGCAAUUCGGGCUUCCAAAAUCUUCAGAUUAUGAAGUGGAACACGUUGGAAAUGAAUCGAUGUCACCAUUUAAAUCACCUGUGAUUUCUGAAUUGCUCAAGCGAAGUGCAUCAAUUCAAUGGGGUGAAAACAGCCAAAAGAGUUGGAGUAUGAUAAAGAAGAAACUUAUGGAGGCGACAUCUGAUAUCAAGCAAGGUGGAUGGUGAGCUCAGGUCACUGAUGAUGGUUUGUUCGCUAAACUGUGCUCAACAACGUUGUCACCUUUUCUUUCAUCAUGAAAUUACAAAAUUCAAUUUGAAGGCACAAAAAUGAGCUAUUCGCAAAGCGCAAUAUGCAGAUUAAAUAAUCAUUGCAUAAGAAUCAAAUUCAAGCAGUCAUUUGCUUUGUGCUGUGUAUUGUAUGUAUCAGGCUUUUAAUAUGCUUAACCGAGUUUAAAUGAGAUGGCAUUAUGUCAGGAAAAUCAGGACCAUCCAUUUGGGAACUCAACCUGUCUUAUUACAUUUAAAGAGUUAUCAUGGGCCUGACAUAAAACAAUGGGGAGCUGUAUGAGAGGGGGGCAAUUUUGAUUGUUGUGUCCUGUAGUUUAAUAGCUGUAGUGAUGUAUUUUUCCCCAUGAACAUGUGGAAAUCGGUGGGAAUGCUUUUGGUUUAUCUUCCUUGUCCUUACAAUUCCACUGACCUAUAUAAUUACAGGGAAAUCUUCUUAUGUUUCCACAUCACA